CUUCUUGACCCUCCCUCACCUCCACAACCGGACGCCCCUUUAACCACCAUCGUCCGCCGUGACUGGCUGAUCUGACUAGCGGCCACUGUGGGGGAAAAGGUCCGCACGCGAUCGGGUACCCGAGGCCCCGCGGACCUCCCAGCUAGCCUUCUCAGAAGCUGGACAGCGGCAAAGUUUCCGAAUAUCGAGACGACCCUUGAGGAGGAGGAACGCAGCGACGAGCGAUGCCAGUGGCGUCCACUUCCCGCGAGACGCUAGAGGAUCAGGUAGCGGCGCUGAAAAGUGCUCAAGUUUUCCUGUAUCCGACUCGGUCGCAAGAUGAUGCUGAGCAGUACGGGUCAGAGGCCGCAUACACAUGGUAUACACGCGCUAAUUGGAGAGGGGAGGAGAAGGCAGAUGCAGCCGUAUCUUAUCCGGCAGACCAAGCAGCAGGAGCGUUGGAUGCAAGCAGAGUAGAGCCGGAGAUCAUUCACUUGCUCCACGUACUGGUGGACGAGUAUCUCCCUUGGCGAGCGAAAGUCGAAGCUGCCCGAAUGAUCCUAUCGGCAAGACUUGCAGCUUCCCCACCCACAGAAGCCGAUGCGAUUCACAAAGAGUUUUGUUUGUCUCUUUUCGAGACCGCAUGCUCGGCGAUCAUUGGUCUACUCGGCGGUCCGAGCUUUGCAAUGCCCGAAGCACCACUGCAGCUCGGUCCCGAGGCUUUUGUGGCACCAGCAACCUCCUCCGCGCACGACUACAUUCUGCAGUGGACAGCAGCGCUUUGCGGACUGAUUCCCCACAUCAUUUUCGAGGUGGAAGCUUCACGCCAUCGAUCUGCUGCUCCUAAAACCACCGAUGAGGGUCGAUCUGGGUGCGCUCAAGUCUUCCGCGCUUUUGUCGCGCGCCGACGCGAUGCAUUGAUAGAGAUCGAACGGCACGUUGCACAAAGGAACGAAGCAAAUGCUGCGAGCGCAAAUGGAGCAGAGGAAGACGUCAUGCUAGAUUGGCUGGAUCAAAAUCCCUCCACUCCCAAAGCUCCGAUUCAUUGUGCCCUCUUCAGAACGCUUUUGGACUUGGGGUUGGUCGAUGCAUUGGAUAGCGAAGGCACAGCUGCAGUUUCUUUCUCUUCUAUGGAUCCUAAUUUGCUCGCUGAAGCUGGUCGCAGAGACCAGGUGCAGGCUCUUAUCAGCGCCAAGUUGCAAAGCUCAGCAGAGGAUGUCGAGCUCUUGUUCUCCAAGGUGGUGACAGAUUACAGUUCUCAUCUUUCUCUGGCGGAAUGUACCACAAAGAACAUGGCAUCCGCUGGUCAGACUUCGGACCUCGACUCUGUUUGUCGUGUCGCGAAGGCUUGCUUCAAGACGCCGCAGGUAGUCGACAUAUUGCUUCUGUACACCGAUGCCAUGGACAUCCUGGUGCCAAUCGGAACGCUACUGGACAAGACUGAUCUCGCCGAGAGUGCCGAUGAGCCCUCUGUGUUACGCAACAUUGUCCUUUUUGCGCAAUGGAUUUUGCAGAGAGUUGUCAUCGUUCGAGGACACUCUAUCCUCGAAGAUUUGGCACGACAGGUCAACUUUUUGCCCCGCUUUGUGAGCGCUUCGACCGCAUUGCCUUCAAUUUCCCAACUGCAGCCGAAUGAAGGGGAUCUGGUGGGCAGAUGGAUACACGCUCUGUUCGAUAGCGAGGGAAUCUCGGACGACCUCAUGCGGGACUCUCCUCCGCAAAUUCUGAUGCGUCUAGCCCCACUCCUCUUCUGCCAAUCUAUCGAAGCUUGUAGAGCUGGCGUGAUUGAUUUGGAGACGCUCCGAGGAGGGCUAGACUACUUCGCACAAGACCUUCUUUGCUUCGCACUGCCUGCAGGUCUAGGCUGGGUAGCUCGAGACGUACACAGGCGAACCGUUCGGACCUUGCCUUCGGAUGGCGUCUCUGCAAAGAUAGCCAGCAUCGACACAAGCGUGAAUGGCCAACGAGAGACGUCUACGCAUUUCGAAGUCCUCAAGCAAUUUCUACUGGCCGAGAAUGCGGACCAGGUCGUGACGCAAUUGGUUGCACCUCUUGUGAGGACUGCGCUCGAUGCGUUUUCGCUUUCUCAGUCGACUGGGGUGACUGAGAGCGACCUGGACAGCCUUCGACUGCGUGUGGACGCUGCGCUCGGUCAAUUGCCCGUACCGCAUCGUGGCGACGCAUGGAUUGCUCAAGCCUUCGCGUCUUCCCUUUCAAGCAUGACACCCCAACUUCAACGAGCCCAUCAGAGCAUCACGCGAAGUCUGUCCCGUUGCGAAUCGGCAAGUUCGGCGCUAGCCGAACACUUUCACGUUGGACUCAUCACGUCCCCAGAAGGUUCGGGCUUCAGAAAGAGUCUAGCAGCGCUAAUCGCUCUGGAUCGCGUUAGGCAAUUCUCCUCGCACACAAGAGCGAGAUCUGGCUUCGAUCUGCUCGUUCGUGUGCUAAGGUGCUUGAUGCCCGAUCACGCAGGGUCUGCGGCAUGGAAUCAGGACGAGGUGCUCACACUAACUCCAGCGCACUCGAGCACAAUUCUGCUGAGCUUGGACCUGCUUGGGUAUUCAGGGACUCCUUCUGCACAGUCAAGCACGACGUCGAUGGACAUUGACGAGCCAAUGCGCGCUGCACCUUCCACGCUCGACACGGCUCGUCGAGCUUCCAGCAUCUUGUCGCUCAUCUUUGCCCACGCCGCGCGAACAAGAGGCUUUGCGUCGACGUGCGCCCCGGCUCUCGCGGCGCUCUUGGGGCGAGCACACCAAGAAUCUGCAGCAUCUCGCCAGAUGGCUGAAGAAGUCAGUCGCGAUUGGUCUUCUGCACUGCGUGACCCUUUAGAGGCCGUCUUCCCUUCGCUGAAGAUAUGGCGCGAUUCAAGCUACACCACUUCAUGAAAACCACACACUUUUUCAAGUGUGUCUUCACUGCACGCAGCAGUCCUGCCCAAUCGCGAUGCUGGAAAACGUCAUGAC